AUGGCUGCCCGUCUCUCCACCCUCCUCCUACUCGGAGCCUCUCUCGUUGCCGCCGGCCCUCUUGUUCCUCGUGCAAGUGAGCAAACCGUGACCGUGACGGCUGCCGCGCCUGCCUCGACAGCAUGGAACGCCGGUGCCGUCCCCGAGUUCCCCAUCCACGCCUCGUGCAAUGCCACCCAGCACGCCUACAUCAAGAAGGGUCUUGACGAGACCAUCAAGCUUUGCAGCCAAGCACGCGACCACAUUCUUCGCUUCGGCAACUCCUCGGACAUCUACCGCAAGUACUUUGGGGAUGCCCCCACGGGUGAGCCGCUGGGAUGGUACACCAAGAUUGUCGCCGGUGACAAGGCCGAUAUCCUGUUCCGCUGUGACAACAUUGACGGCAACUGCAACCAAAAGGGCUGGGCUGGCCACUGGCGCGGUGCAAAUGCCACCUCCGAGACGGUCAUCUGCGACCUCUCCUACGAGCUCCGCAAGCCCCUCGAAGGCCUCUGCAUGUUCGGCUACAACGUCGCCAACGGUGCCACCAACACGUACUGGGGCUCCGAUCUCCUGCACCGUCUGCUGCACAUCCCCAAGAUUGGCGAGGGCGUCGUCGAGCACUACGGCGAAGAGAGCAAGUACCCCGGUGUCAUGUCCCUGGCCAAGGACAACGCAACCUAUGCGGUUAGGAAUAGCGAUACCCUCCAGUACUUUGCCCUCGAGGUCUACGCUCACGAUGUUGCUGUCCCUGGUAUUGGUUGCCCGGGUACUUACACGGCUACUCCCACUGCUGCCCCGGCUUCUUCUUCCGCUGCCGCAUCGGCUCCCGCUGCGGCUACCCCUUCUCCCGCUGCCGCGAGCCCUUCUCCCGCCGCUCCCCAGGAAGCCUGCACCCCCCACGACGACCACUGGCACUGCCCUCCCGGCGUCCCUGUCCCCACCUCUCCCCCUGCCUAG